GUGCGCAAUUUAACUAAAUAGCCAAGAGUCAACAGCUGGCCCGCUACGUGGGAAAAGUUACGCGUGUGAGUUCGUGUUUCUCUGUGUGUGUGUGUGUGUGUGUGUCAGUGUGUCAUAGUCAUUUCAGUGGUGUGUGUGUGUGUGUGUGGAGUGGAGGGGUGUGCGUCACUGCGCGAAGGGGGGGAUGUCGGACUGUGAAAAAUCAGCUACAGAGGCGGCAGCGAGCGUCAACAUCAUGGGUGAGUAGAAGAACCUAGACGGUUACGUGGGCUUUGCCAACCUGCCCAACCAGGUGUACAGGAAGUCGGUGAAGAGGGGGUUCCAGUUCACCCUCAUGGUCGUGGGAGAGUCCGGUUUGGGGAAGUCCACCCUCAUCAACUCCCUGUUCCUCACGGACCUGUACUCCCCGGAAUACCCUGGACCGUCCCACAGAAUUAAGAAGACCGUACAGGUGGAGCAGUCCAAGGUGUUGAUAAAGGAAGGGGGGGUUCAGCUGCUUCUCACCAUUGUUGACACCCCGGGGUUUGGGGAUGCCGUGGACAACAGCAACUGCUGGCAGCCAGUAAUCGAUCACAUCGACACUAAGUUUGAGGAUUAUCUCAACGCCGAGUCCCGCGUCAACCGCCGCCAGAUGCCUGACAGCCGAGUGCACUGCUGCCUGUACUUCAUCGCCCCCUCUGGCCAUGGACUGAAGCCGCUGGACAUUGAGUUCAUGAAAAGGUUACACGAGAAGGUGAACAUCAUCCCGCUCAUCGCCAAAGCCGACACCCUCACGCCCGAGGAGUGCCAACAGUUCAAGAAGCAGAUAAUGAGGGAAAUUCAGGAGCACAAGAUUAAGAUCUACGAGUUUCCCCAGACUGACGAUGAGGAGGAGAACAAGCUUGUGAAGAAGAUUAAGGACCGCCUGCCUCUGGCUGUUGUCGGUAGCAACACCAUCAUCGAGGUGGACGGGAAGCGUGUGCGAGGGAGGCAGUACCCCUGGGGCGUGGCCGAAGUGGAGAACCCUGAACACUGUGACUUCACCAUCCUGCGGGACAUGCUCAUCAGGACCCACAUGCAGGAUCUGAAGGACGUGACCAACAACUUUCACUAUGAGAACUACCGCAGCAGGAAGCUGGCUGCCGUCACCUGCAACGGCAUGGACAACCACAAGAGCAAGGGUCAGCUGACCAAAUUUGACACAGGUGAAGGCAUGAGCCCCCUGGCGCAGAUGGAGGAGGAAAGGAGGGAACAUGUGGCGAAGAUGAAGAAGAUGGAGAUGGAGAUGGAGCAGGUGUUUGAGAUGAAGGUCAAAGAGAAAAUCCAGAAGCUGAAAGACUCAGAGGCUGAGUUGCAGAGGCGUCAUGAGCAGAUGAAGAAGGGUCUGGAGGCGCAGCAUAAGGAGCUGGAGGAGAAGCGGCGGCAGUUUGAGGAGGAGAAGAGCAGCUGGGAGGCGCAGCAGCGGCUGCUGGAGCAGCAGAAACUUGACGCCUCCAGGACUUUGGAAAAGAAUAAGAAAAAGAAGAUCUUUUCAUAAUUUGCCAUCCUGAAUUUUCAUUGUUCUGUUUGGACCAAUAGAAUACGUCCUGCUUUGCAUGUGGGAGGGGCCAGAGCGGGGCAUUGUGAGGACCAAGGUUGUGAUUGGUCGGGGGGGUGGCUGGCCGUGGUUUAUCUUCCAACAGGAGGCUGUGGCCAUCGGCGCUCCACCCCGUCUUCCUGUUUCUAAGCGUCAGCCUCUCUCAUGACUCUACAGUCCGAUUCAUUCUGAGAAAACCCUUCUCCAUGUUGAACAAUCACUUUCUAUUCACGUUUACUUUCUGUCUCAGACACACGAACGCACACAUUCUCUCACAUACUCGGCAGGUGUAUCAAACCUUGCAGGCUCAAACGCUCCUUUCUUUUUAUGAAUAACAGUUGUUUUGCUCUUACCCUCACCCUUAAAAAAAACAUAAUAAAAUAAAAAUGUUCACUUUCUCCAUUUCUUGUAAUUUAAAUUAUCUAGCCAUGGACUGGCAUGUAUAACUCCUACUCAUGUAAUGUUUCGAUUAGGUUAUUAUAAUUAUUCUUAAUUAUAUAUUUUUUGUUGUAUUAUUUUGUUGUUAUUUUUUCCAUAUAUUGGCCUGCUAAUCCUUGUUUUUGUUUGUUUGGACUUUGUACGCUAGAGAACUCUGUUUGGGGGGGGGUUGUCUGUGAGUGUUGAGCCACGGCAUUGGGCAGUGUAGAGGGAGUGGGCGGGCGUGUGGCAGAGAGGCCCCUCCCCCUUGUGGCUUCGCUGAGUAGUGACUCUAGCCACGACAUUUAGCUUCAUUUAUAUACCGCAAAUCUUUUUUUUCUUCUUUUUUUGUUUGUUGUUUUUUAUUUGUUUGUUUGUAUUGUACAAAGUCACAUAAUAAACUUGUGAUGAAACGUUAAA